AGAACAGCGAGCCCAUUGAAAAGAAAGACGGACUACUACUAUUAGCGAUAUUUCCAGGGACGAUGCGAGAACGAUUUGGCUUUCCCAAGCCAUCAAGUCAUUGAUUCGAGCAAAGCGAAGAUGCAGUGAAAGUCACGUUCGCGAAUGGUACCAAGAGGGUCACACUGAGGCGGGUCACACCGCGGGUACAAUAUCUACCCCUAUCCAAAUCUCCUUGCCCUCGUUCCUCCGGCUUCAAGUACCAUCAACUCUUAUCUAAAUCUUUCUAGAUUCGCCCAUCACGAUGGCACUUCACAUAAUAGCACAUCGAUGUGUCGUCUUCUGGACUCACUUCCUCAUAAACAUCAAUUUCAUCAACAGUAAUGUGUUCCCUUCCUGGACCGGAGUGGGCUUUGUCAUCAGCAUGGCGGCAACCUGGCUUUUCGCUGUCGCCCUAGUACGAAUUCCAUCUACCCGCAGAAUGUGCCAAGAGGAUUUAUCCGGCCUUUGGCUACUAUGCUGGGCCUUUUGUGUAUUGUGGGGAUCCAUCCUACUAUGGUACGAUUCCGAAUGGUACGAUCGUGAGACCUUGAGACUGGAGUGGAAGUGGACAGAUCUUCUAAAAGAUUUGGCCAUAAUUUUCGGUUCUACAUUGGCGUGGGCGUUGGAGUUUGUGGUCAUGUUAUGUUUCUGGGGGAAUUUGCAGUGGAAAGAUCCGAUAGCGACAUUUGGGUGGUUUAUCUUUUUGGGUCCGGUGGUUCGUGAUGUCGAGGAGGGCGACCCGGAGAAUGAUCUGGACUUGUUUGUAAAUUCCUCGUUGCUCCAUGAGGAUCAUGAUUUCACAGCACGACCACGUAGAUUACUGCUUCCGGGAAACGGAAACACAGUCCAGUCUGAUCUUUUUUAGUAAUUUCUUGCAUUUCCCCAAAUGAAAAAUACACCCUGUUGUCUUUCAAUAGAAUCUGAAAAUACAAUCAAACUAUCCUUU